UCCGCCCGUUUUUGUUUACUUCCGCUUUCGGUUUGAAGGAAUAAACAUGACAGCGAAAAAAGUAGGAAUUCUUGCCGAGUUCAAUUAUGAAGACUUGGAACUUUGGUAUCCAUACUAUCGUUUAAAGGAAGAAGGUUACGAAACAUUCACUAUUGGCCCGGAAAAGGGCAAAACCUACAACUCAAAACAUGGUUACCCGUGCAAAGCUGAUUUCGGUAUCGAUGAAAUAUCAGCAGAUGGUUUAGACGCAUUGAUAAUUCCUGGUGGAUUCUCGCCGGACUAUUUGAGACGGGAUAAACGUAUUCUGGCAUUAGUCAAAGCUAUGGACGACGCGGGCAAGGUAUUGGCCUCGAUCUGCCACGGUGCCUGGGUACUGAUUUCAGCUAAGGUGAUCAGAGAAAGGAACGUGACUUGUUUCAUGGCAAUCAAGGACGACGUGGAGAACGCUGGUGCCAAUUACACAGAUGUUCCAGUUGUUGUUGAUAAAAACAUGGUUACCUCUAGGCUUCCUAAAGACUUACCAGACUUCUGUAAAGCCAUUAUUUCUAAACUCAAGUGAAUUUAUCAGAUUAAAAAAAUACAGUAUUACAGUCAAAAUUUGAUGAUGGACACGAACUAUGAAACUUGUUAACCAAAGUAUUUUCACUCGGUAGAGACUACUCGAUGUUUUUUUUAUUGAACUUAAAGUGGAAAGGUUUACUUACUGUUGUUCAGGAAACUGAUGUGUAAAACUUUUAAUAUAAAAUUGUUUAUAGUGGCUUUGGAAACAUUUAGUACCGUCGGAACCACAAACUUUGUCGCUGUAUCAACGAACUUAAUUAUUGUAUUUUUAUCAUGACGAAAUUAGCACACUUGUUUUUUUUUCUGUUUGAAUUUCCUGACUUUUCUAAAACAUUGUCAGUAUUGAAAAAGGAGAAUAAAGUGGACUAUGGA